CGGCAACAUGUAUCCCAGCAACAAGAAGAAAAAGGUGUGGAGAGAGGAGAAAGAACGUUUACUGAAGAUGACCUUAGAGGAGAGACGUAAAGAAUACGUAAGGGACUUUGUUCCCCUGAACACCAUUCUGUCGUGGAAGGAGGAGAUGAAGGGCAAGAACCAAAAUGAUGAGGAAAAUACUCAGGAAAUAUCAGAGGUGAAGAAAAGUUUGAGUGAAAAAGUUUCUCUGUAUAGAGGUGACAUCACAUUGCUAGAGGUAGAUGCUAUAGUCAAUGCGGAAAUUGCCACAGCCACCCAAACUUUCAGCAGCCACAACCCUGAUCAGUCAGCAGCCAAGACCUUCCACCAGAAAAAAGAGUAUGACUUGAAGACUCAGAAGAUCAUUAGUAUUUAUUAGCAAUAAAGGAUUUUAAUCAAGGUAUGUGUUUUGUUUUCU